UUCUCCUCUCCCACUUGUUGCGAGAGAGGGAGAGGCCGAGGGUCUUUUUCUCUCUUACACCCUCAUGGAUUUUGGAUUUGGAUCGAUCCUCUCUUUCUCGCGAUGCUAAUCCGAAAAUUUUCCUCCUUUUCAUCUCCUUCUUCUCCGUGAAAUUUCUUCCUGUUUCUCUUAUCUUUCUAAGAGAGAGAGAGAGAGAAGGAAACAAGAGCGAGAAGGACCGAGGAAGAGAAAGAGAGAAGCGCCAUGGCUGCUCUGGGCGAGAAGGAAGCAAUGGUGGAUCCAUUUUUGGUCGAGGCUCUUCAGAACCCUCGUCAUCGUCUGACCAUUUUGCGCAUGGAAUUUGAAGUACAGAGGUUCUUGCAAAAUCCUGAGCAGCAGCAGUUCGAGUUUCAACAUUACCCGACAUCUUACCUUCGGCUUGCAGCCCAUCGCAUUGCUCAGCAUUAUGGACUUGUAACCAUGGUUAUGGACAGUGGUUCAGAUGGCUCGGGGAAUGGAAUUCUCGCAAGAAAAACUGCAGAAAGCAGACACCCUUUGGUUUGCCUGUCUGAAAUUCAUGCUAAGCAGCCAGGGAAUGAUCAACCCGAGGUUCUGAAAAUCGCAAUCAAGCCUAGACCUAAAAGAGGAUCUGGUGGUGAAGGCACUAGAACGGGAGUGCAGCGCAAUAUUACGAGAAGUGUGGAAGAGAGAAAAGAGGAGUAUGAUAAAGCUCGAGCUCGUAUAUUUAGCAGCCCUAGCAGUUCGGAUUCUGAAGAUUCUUCAUCACAAGCUUCCCUUGAUGGAAAGCAUACAUGUCUUAAUGGAAAUGGAGCCGAUGUGGUAAGGAAUCUUUCGGUUGAUGCGGAAAAGAACCUUACUUUCGGGGAAUCUGGAGGGCCAUCUAGGGUUGCCAUCAUAAGAGAUAGAGAGAAGGAUCGUUUUGAUCCUGACUAUGACCGGAGCUAUGGGAGGUAUGUCAGGAUCAUGCCAUCGGGUCAAAAUUUCACCCCGACCCCAAUCCAGCUACCGUUUCACGAGGGGUUAUUCCCACAGAUCCCGAUAACUCAAGCUUCUCCAAACUUUCAUUACCCCUUGAAUCCGCACCUAACGGUAAAUCCGCCUCCGAGGGGUGCAUCUACUCAUCACACACCGUGGCCAAACGCUGCAAUGAUGUAUGCACAUUCAUACGGGCAGUUCAGACAGACUGCUUUUCGGGCGCCAUUCUGCCAGCAACCACUGAGCUUCGAGUACAUGCAGAAUCGGUAACGUUUAUCCUUUUUGUAUGCAGAUUUAUGGGUUAGGGUUUAGGAACUUUCGAUCUGUUUUUGAAUCCGUUGUUAGCCGAUUUUGAGACCUUAUGCAGACAUCUUCUCUUAUGCUAUUACAGAACCCAGAAGACUAAUCAUCAUAAACAUGGUUUAUGGUUAUGGUCUUGUCUUGAUUCUUUCGAAUA